UGGACAACAAUUAUAAGACCGGCCACCUGCCCUUGUAAGCGAAAGUCCUAGUUUUAGUUUAACGCCCAACACUGUCUUCCAUUGUCCCAUUUUAUGUCCGUGGAUUAGCAGAUACAAUGGUGUCUUUACUAUUCUCUUCAACUGCCACAUGGGUGGUCCUCUUCCUAGCCCUAUUUCAAGUAGUCCUCGGCUCACCACUUAUACCAAAGCGAGCCACGGGACCCUGGAUGGGUUUGAACACUGACUUCCCGGACCCAAGCUUCCUGAAGGCCGCUGAUGGAAAGUGGUACGCCUUUGGAACAAAUGGUAACGGCAAGCGUGUUCAAGUCGCAGUUUCGGAUGACUUCUCCAAGUGGACUCUCCUUGAUAUUGAAGCUCUGCCAACUCUGGCAGGCUGGGAGACGGAAAGGGAUCACUGGGCACCGGAUGUAGUGCUACGAGCGGACGGAAAAUACGUCAUGUAUUAUUCGGGGGAGUCAAAGAGCGAUAUUUCCCAUCACUGUAUCGGAACAGCCAUUGCAGACAAGCCCACGGGACCAUAUGUCCCCAACGAGACCCCACUAUCUUGCAGACUGGACCGAGGAGGCUCCAUCGACUCGGCCGGAUUCUGGGACAAAGACGGCAGCAGAUACGUCGUGUUCAAAGUCGACGGCAACAGCGUCGGUCACGGCGGCGACUGCAACAACGGCGUCGCGCCUCUAGUAUCCACCCCGAUCUUGUUGCAAAAGGUCGCAGCGGACGGCGUUACGCCGAUCGGAGAUGCAGUUCAGAUUCUUGACCGCAAUACCAAUGACGGCGAUGGACCUCUCGUGGAAGCGCCGAGCUUGGUGCUGCACAAUGGAGUGUACUUCUUGUUCUACUCGACCCACUGCUUUACGGAUCCUAAGUAUGAUGUUCGGUACGCUACUGCAACAAGCAUCACGGGGCCUUACCAUAAGUCGAAUGUCGAGUUGAUCAAGGGCGGUGAUUAUGGUGGUCUCAUUUCUCCCGGUGGUGCAACGGUGUGUGGAUGUGGAGAUCGCAUGCUGUUCCAUGCCUGGUGUGAUAGCUCGUUGACGAAGCGGUGCAUGUGGGUGGCGAAUCUUCAAUUGAGCGGGACGACUGCCUCUAUUGCUUAGUUUUGAAGAGGCUUUGCAAGGGAGCUUCUGGAUUUGUUUUUUUGUGAUUGAUGGUUUUGUGCUAUAUACCCCCCUUACACUCGUUGAGAUGUUCUGCUUUUGUCCUCAACUUAUGGACUGGAAUGUUAUUUUUGUUGCUCUUUUAUCAGGAUGGCUUUCAAGUAAAUCAACAAAUUUGAACCGGAAGACUUCACCAAAUACAUCCGAAGGAUAGCCAGG